AUGGAUCCAGCAAAGAUAGAAAAAGCUUUAGAAAAAAAAUGUAAAAAUCACUAUUGGCUUCUUUGGAUACUAUUUCUUACUGCUAGUCCUUCAACAGUUAUUGGAUCCCAUUUAACUUCAUAUGUGUUUCUUGGAGGAAAUCCUUCUUUCUUUUGCAAUAUCCCAGAACUAGUUGAAGCGAACUGGACAAAGGAACAAAUAAGGAAGAUCAGUAGUCCAGGAUUGGAAAAACAAAGUUGUGUUCAUUAUGCCUGGAAUUAUUCUUUAUUGAAGGAUUUGGAUUUCGAUGAAGCUCUUAGAUAUUCCAAUGAAAGUCAAAAGCCAGAUGUACUAAAAUGUAAAAGUUAUAUUUAUGACGAAGAUUCAUUUCAUCAGACAAUAGUCAGUGAGUGGGAUCUAGUUUGCGAUGACUUGCCUCUCAGAUCAACUGCACAGGGCAGUGUUGCAGUUGGAAAAAUUAUUGGGGCUUUGUUCUUCGGUAUCCUUAGCGACAGGUAUGGAAGAAAGAAGUCAUUCAUAGUUUCAUGUGUACUAUUUCUAGUAGCUAGCCCAUCUGCUGCUUUUGUGCAUAGCUAUAUAUUGUUUAUAACAUUUCGACUGAUGAUAGGUAUGGCUGCAUCUGGACUCUAUGAAACUGCUUAUACAAUAUUAAUGGAACUUACAGUCAAGAAGUAUAGAGUUAAUUUAGCAAACAUAUUCAAUGUCGCUUUUUCAAUUGGAAUUGUGCAACUCUCACUAAGUGCAUAUUUGACUAACAACUGGAGACAACUACAAUUAGCAAUCUCGCUCCCAAUGAUUAUGCUUGUUGUCCAUUGCUGGUUCUUACCAGAAUCUCCAAGGUGGUUGAUAACUGCCGGAAAAUUAGAAAAAGCAUCGAAUAUCAUUGGAAGCGUAUGGCAUUUAGUUCCUAAUGACCCUGAUCAAUCUCCCGAUUUAGUCGUGAAGCGCAAGUCUGAAUCAUACUUCAAAAAUGUAUUUUUUCUUUUAAAUGAUUACUUCAAACUUUUCUCUACAUUUGAACUUGCCAAAAGAACUAUAAUAUUUAAUUACUUGUGGUUUAUGGGAAAUUUAUAUUAUUUUGUAAUGAAUUUCGGUGGAAUAAACUUUAAAGUCAAUCAGUAUCUAUAUGUGGGGUUGAAUGGAUCCGCAGAAGUGCCAGGCUACUUGCUUCCUCUCCUCUUACUUACUCACUUUGGUAGGAAGAGUUCCUCAAUAGUAUUGUGUACUGUAGCUGGAAUUGCUAUGUUAGUAAUAGUUGUCUUACCAGAGGGUUGGCCAAUCAUAUGUGUGUCUCUAAUUGGAAGGCUUGUGGCAGCAGCUGCAUAUGGUAUAAUAAUGUUUAAUACCUUAGAACUAUUUCCAACAGAAAAUCGUAAUACUGCCUUUGGUAGCUGCCUUACAGUGGCACAAUUUGGGCCUCUACUAGCACCAUAUAUAGUCGACAUAUUGGGAAGGAAGGCUUGGUGGCUUCCCACUGCUAUUACUGGGUCUCUUGCACUCCUAGGUGCAUUCUUGUUGAUGUUUAUACCAGAGACCAGAGACACUCCAAUGUUGGAUACAAUAUGUGAGAUGAAGGAACUUGAAAGAAAUGCUAGGAGCAAAAAUCUUGAAGGAACCAGUUGA